ACAUGCAUCAAUUGAAAAUACUCAUCAAUUGAGAGAAACCAACUGCUUGAACACACACACACACCCACACAUAUAUAUAUCAAUGGAAGCUGUGUUGAGGAGGUGGGGAACCGCCGGCGGUGGCGUUGCUACCUUCCUCUUCUUCUUGAGAAUGGUAAGGAAACAUUUGCCGGUGGGGCUGCUCCGCCUUCUCAACCGGUGGUCGGAGAAGCUGAAUGCCUUCUUCAACCCCUACGUUCAAAUCUCCAUCCACGAGUACGUCAAGAAGAACAUGAUUAGUCCUCACCCCGCCUAUGCCGCCGUGGAGGCCUAUCUCAGCACCACCAAGUCCGCCACAGAAGGCGCCAGACUCAAGGCUGAGUUAACCGAUAACGGCGGCAUUGCUUUGGGCGUGGAUGAAACUCGGAGAGUCGAUGAUGAGUUUCGCGGCGCGGAGGUGAUGUGGGUUGCAGCUUGUAAUAAAAAGCUUCAACCCCACCAUAAAAGGAACGAAUGGGAUCCCGAGCUGGAGAAUAGAUCUUACAAGCUCAUUUUCCACAAGAAAUACAGGGACUUGAUGACCCACACCUACUUGAACCAUGUACUGCGGAAGGGUAACGAGAUUCUCGGACAAUCCAAAACGCUAAAGCUUUACUCAAAUAAUGGCUUGCGCAAGACAUUGUGGAGCCAUGUCGUGUUUGAUCAUCCUGCUAGCUUUGAGAAACUCGCGAUGGAUGUGGGCAAGAAGAAAGAUAUCGUGGAUGAUUUGAUUGCAUUCAAAGAGGGAGGGGAUUUCUACGCAAGGAUCGGUAAAGCCUGGAAGCGCGGGUAUUUGCUCUAUGGGCCUCCGGGUACAGGGAAAUCGACUGUCAUCGCAGCAAUGGCAAACUUGCUCAAUUAUGAUAUCUAUGAUCUCGAGUUGGCUUCCGUUGGUGACAACACCAGGCUCAAACAGCUCUUGGCACAAACAACGAGUAAAUCGAUCGUUGUGAUAGAGGACAUUGAUUGCUCGCUUGAUAUCACUGGAAAUAGGAACAAAAACUCGAUGGAAAACCCUAGAGUCAGCAUUGAGAAUAACAACGAAGAAUGUCCACCCUCAAAAUCCCAAGGGGGCAGGGGCGUAAGCAAAGUCACUCUCUCUGGAUUGUUGAACGUAAUAGACGGUUUGUGGUCUACAUACAGUGGAGAACGAGUAAUUGUGUUCACCACCAACCAUGUCGAGAAGUUGGAUCCCGCUUUAACAAGAAGGGGGAGAAUGGACAAGCACAUCGAAUUGUCUUAUUGCACUUUUGAGGGAUUCAAAGUGCUAGCAAGAAACUACCUAGGAUUGGAGGAUCAUCCCAAGUUUGGAUCAAUAGAGUUACUGAUGACGGAGACAAGAAUCACACCUGCAGAUGUUGUUGAGAAUCUCAUGCCAAAAUCGUGCAAGGAUAGUGCAGAGGGACGUCUCAAAAAUCUUAUUCAAGCUCUAAAACACGAAAAAGAACGCAUUAAAUGAGAUCGAGGUGUAGAAGAAUGGAAGUGAGAGGGUCCAUGCCACCUCAUCGCACUUUUCAAUACCACUACACUAGUAGUGCCACUAUAUUGCACUAUUGUUUUAUGUCGUAUGUUUUUGGUCAUUUUAUUAUAUAGUAGCUUUGUUAUUAUUUUGCUUUCAGCGAUCUAUUCCGUAAAAUCAUUGUAUGUUUAGUUAAAAUGAAUGUAUUGAAUCACG